CCCAGAUCAAAGUCUGAGAAAAAAGGAAAUGUUUUCUCCGACGGGUUGUACUGCUUUCAUCCUCUGUGCACUUUUCCUUAUUAUGAACGCAUGUCGUGGUACUGUCAUCAUCAAUGGGGAUGAAGUUGAGCCCCACUCAUUGCCCUUCAUGGCUUUUCUGGAGUCAAUUGAAUUCUGCGGAGGAACAUUGAUUGAUCGAAAAUGGGUCCUGACUGCUGCACACUGUGGAAACAUUAAGACUGUGUUACUGGGCAUGCACUCCAUCAAAAAAGAGAAAAUAGAAAAGAAGUACCGGCAGGUCCGUAAGGUGAAGACAAGUGUUCCUCAUUGCGAAUUCGAUAAGAAUAAGGGAGUCAAUGAUCUCAUGUUGCUCAAGCUGGACAAACCAGUGAAGGAAACCAGAUGGGUCAAAGUUCAACAACUGAGCAAUGUUGUCCAAGAGCCAGCAGCUGGCUCUGUCUGUCUGGUGGCCGGAUGGGGAGCAACCAGCAAAAAUAGCAAAGUUCUAUCAGAUGUCUUGAUGUCUGCAAAUGUUACUGUGAUUGACAGAGAAAAGUGCAACUCUCCAGACCAUUAUAACCAUAAACCGAAUAUUACCAAGGACAUGAUAUGUGCGGGGCCAAAUGGGAAGAAAAGUGAUGCCGACACCUGUAAGGGUGAUUCUGGAGGACCAAUAUUCUGCAAUGGUGUUCUAGUUGGAGUCACAUCUUUCGGGGGAUCCGAGAAUGAGCCCUGCGGAUCAGUGAAGAGGCCUGGAGUUUAUGCUUUCCUAUCAGAAAACCAUCUUAACUGGAUCAAGAAGACACUGAAGACCUUUGAAGCUGAAUAACUUUUCUGACUGAUAGUUAUUUU